GUGUUUUUGCUUUGUUUUCGUUUUAGUCUCAGAUUAGCUUUUGUAUCAUCACUGAGAUACUCAGCCCUCGUUUUCUUCUUGCACCUGAGGCUGUAGACGCCAUUCCAACUCGAAGUUUUGCUGAUUCUGUCCAUUCCUCCAAGCACAUGGUGGGAGAGAGUUGGAGAGGAAAAGAAAACAGGGAUUGAUUUAGAAGAGAAAGGUGUUUUUCUUUCUCUCUCUCUCACACACACACAUACACCUUGAAUUGUGAGAGUCAGCAUAGCAUGUUCUUCUGAAACGUGCACAUCCUGUGUUUCAGGCACUUGUGAGUCAGACCCCUCCAGGGUCAUCUUCUGGUCUUCAAGCCAGAUUAUGUGCUUUGUAUCAGCGACACAUUGGAAAAAAUCAUGUUCUUGUUAGUUUUUUUGUCUUGUAAAAAUGUCUGAAAAAUUCUUAAAACAAGAUCAAUUUAUCUGAGAAGCAAAAUUGUGUAAGAUAAGACUUGAUUGUAUUCUUUAAAAAAAAAAAAUUUGUUAGAUGUAUACUGGAAAAGUAAGAAAAAUAAGAUUAAUUCAAGAUUAGUGGUGUUGAUUUAGAUUUGAGUAAAUCAAACAUUUUGAAUGAGUUCACUAAAUACAUUCAUUCUUUCUGUAGGUCAUUAUGCCAGUAAAUGUGACAUGCGGGUUUCAUUUUUAGUUAUGAGCAAGUUAUGAACUGAAACGUUUAAAAACCACAGAGUUUAAAUGUUCAAAACCCGCCUUAUUAUCAUUCAUUACAAUUUGAGUGCAUGAAACUCUGUGUGCAUGAUUCCUCUACUUCACAGGUUCAUUCAAAAACAGAUUCAUUCAAUUAUCUUAAACGGUUUUGCUUCUCAAGUAAAUUAAUCUUGUUUUCAGGAUGUUUAGAUAUUUUACUGGAAAACCAGAUGAUUUUUGCAGUGCACAUCAGUUCCCUGUGUUCUUGGGCUGGUUCGAACCUCAGACUCUUCUUCCUGAAACCCUCCUGAAGUCGCAGGGAGCCUUAGAUUAGAUAAAUGAAGGAAUGCUAUAAGCCAGAUCACAGGUUUAAAAACCGCACACUCUUUCACUGUUACAGUCAAGCUUUUUCCUUUUUAAUAAGACGAUUGAUGUUCUUUUGUUUGUUUUGCUUUUUAAAGUCACCAAUUUUUCUUCUAUAAAUGAUAUUGUCUGUGAAUUUAUGAACUUAUAACUAAUAAGGUUUUUUUGUACUCCUUCGAAAUACUGUAUUUAAUUUGUUCUCCCUAGAACACCUUCUGUAGGGCGCUGUUUUUUCUCGCUUUGUUCGUAACAUUUCGUUUAGAAACCUCAGCCUUUCCUGAGGUGUGCUCUACUGGAUCGAGACUGUUGUCAAAAGCUCAUAUACAAAUAUCUGUGUAUAUAUACCUAUGCUUACCUGUUAAGCCAACAAGCACUGAUAAAGAAUGCAGCGCCUCUAGACAUUUAGUUCCUGCUUACUGACGUGCACGUGCGAGGCAACUGCAUUGCCGCAUAUGGCCUACGUCUGGCGUGCGUGGUGGGGCGCGAGAUCUGUGUCUGAAUGUCCCCCUUUCCUGUUAUUUAUACAAUAGAGGCAUUUACUCCAAGCCAAGGGUUUAAACCUCAGUGUAUUUUAAGUAAUAGAAAGCUUGUAGGCUGUAAUUGUGCCUGAGGCAGCCGUGAGACAUUGAUGAUGUUUACCUGAACAAUCAGGACCUAAUCACUUUUAUAAGUGUGAUUUUAUUAAGCUAAUUUUAUAAAUCACCUGUACGGCCCCACUUAUAAAACUUUAAAAGUGUAUAGUAGGGUAAAAAUAUUAUAAAUCAAGAAUUAUAAGAUGUUAAACCUCCUGCUCAGCUGUUUUGAAUCAGUUGAUUGUCAUUAUGGACAAUUUGAAUUGUAUCAAUCAGUAAUCUGAUCGUGAAUUAUCCCCUCUUCGGACCUUAGCCAACCGGACCAAGCUUGUUUCUGCCACUGAAUAAAAAAUAAAAAAGGUAAUUGCGACUUUUUAUCUCACAAUUCUGACUUUUGUCUUGCAAUUCCGAGUUAAUAUCUUGCAAUUCUGACUUCUUUUCACAGAAUUUUGAGUUAUAAACUCACAAUUCCGAGUCCAAUAUAAAGUCCAAUUCUGAGGAAAAAAGACUUUUUCUCAUAAUUGCGAGUUUGUCUCACAAUUCCGACUUUCUAUCUCGCAAUUGCGAGAAAAAGUCACAAUUGCAUGAUAUAAAGUCACAAUUGCAUGUUACGUCAGAAUUGUGAGAUAUAAACUAACAAUUCUUCGAAAAAAUGCCAGAAUUGCAAGUUUAUAUCUCGCAAUUCUGACUUUAUAACACGCAUUUCUGAGAAAAAGAGUCAGAAUUGUGAGAUAAAAAGUCGAAUUUAGCUUCUUUAUUUUUUAUUCAGUGGCAGAAACAAGCUUCCAUACCUUAGUCACAAUGAAUGCUUUGUUUAAUUUUAUGCGAAUGCAUCCACCCUGACUAAAGGUCCGGUUACAUUUACCGUUGCUCUGCAAAAUUUUUGUGUGCGAAAUUCAGUCAUUACAAUUGGAAUCCGUGCUUUCAGGAGUUUCGUGUGAGGGCGAAAAAGUUCUGCAUGCAAAUUUCGCUCAUGUUCAAGCUGGUCAAGUGAAUUCACCGUGCUGACCAACAGAAAGCUGCUUGGUUUGAAAGUGGCUUCUGUGUGAGCUGUGCGUCAUGCAUCUCUUUUCUAUUGACAAUAGACAAUGGACCUAUUUCACACACAAAAUUUAGCUGAAAUGUCACUAAUGUGACCGCACCGUAAGGCCGAUUGGAAAAUGAUCUGUUUCCUCAAAGGUCGAUAUAUCAUAAUUUACGCAAUUCACCCGAGUUCCAUGUUUGUUGUUCACAGGAAGUUACUGUAAUACGUCUUCCCUCGCGCGAAAUGCGCCUAGGACGCAAUUUAAGUUCUUCCCGGCGAUCAGGAGACGUGUUGUACGCGCGUCGUUCUCUCAGACAUUUGCCAAAGAAAAGCGAAAAUAGUCUGUAAGGGAAAUUUCAUGAUGCAGAGAGCCAGGCUUUAUUCCGCUGGGCUUAGCCAGUGGAUCCGUCUUCAGGUUUCAAAUGUAUUUUAUCAGCACAACUAAUUCUUCUAAUCUUUUCUGAUAAUUUUUCCUCUGAAUUAACCUGCAGUGAGAGUGGUGUGCAAAAUGUUGGCACCUUUUUAAUGCCUAUUUUAGAAAGACAAUAUUUGCACCUUAAACCCAUACCAAAACAGCAUCAUGUUUUUAAAGGGAUUGUUCACCCAAAAAUUACAAUUCUGUCAUCAUGUUUCAGUAUUUUGUGAGGAACACAAAAGAUGAUGUUUAGCAGAAUGUUCAGGCUGCACUCUUUAUUAAUUGAAGCGAAUGUAAAAAUGUCAUAAAAACACCAUAAAAGUGGUUCAUAUGACUAUUUCAAGUCUUCUGAAGCCAUAUUAUAGUUUUGUGUGGAGAAAAUUCAUUAUAAGUCAUUACUGGUGCUUUUAUGGUGCUUUUUUGUCAUUUUGGGUCACCAUUUAUUCAUUGUACAGAAAAAUGCAGUGUGAACGUCUCUUUUUGUAUAUUUGGAAUGAUAUGAGGGUGAGAAAAUGGUGCCAGAAUUACAUUUUUGUGUGAACUACCUCCAUAAAGAUUGAUCUCCCCAUCUCGCCAGUGUCCCCUCAUGAUUGUCAUUCUUAAUCAUAACUUCUCUUGCAUAUCCAGAGGGAGAAUAUGUGUAUUUUAAUAUUUGUCAUUGCUAGCGAGAAUUAUUAUGCGUUGAAUGAUAACACGGCUUAUUUGAACGUCCCCGCAUGAUGCAUCUUUAGAAUCUGAUCCCAUCCCAUGAUGCCCCCAUCAUGAAUUUCACCCCACUUUUUUCUAUUUAGAAGAUGCCUCUUAGCAAAAUGCCUCUAUGAAACAGAAAUUCCUAUAUUAGCUAUAAAGAUUAUAAUAUUACCCUUUUGUGCUAGAUUGUCUCUUGAAUGUAAUGGAUUUUGUACCUGUAUUUUUCUAAUUCCAAUCCAGUCUUUCUGUAUGCGGUGGCUUUAUAUGGAGGAAUUCUAGGCUGCUUCCUAACAGUACCUGAAUAAUUUGUAAAAACUUCCAGUCAUCCUCAAGACACACACCCUGACCUCCGUAGUGUGCAGUGCGACUGCCACCGUCAUAUCUGACAUCAAAUAACCUUCACUCUUACGCAUUUAGCCCUGAAACGUGCAAUAUCAGCGAUCACGGAUAUCAGUUGCCAAACCUUCCACGUUUCACCUUCUCAACUCGUUUUCGAGUCUUAAUAACCUUGAAUAUGCACCCCGUCAAUGAUGAGGAUUUUCUCUGCUCUGUACAAGAAUGUACGUUCAUGGCUUUAGAUGCAGUUGUGGCGCCGUCUUUUUAAACGCUUACCCGAGAUCCUGUUCUUUAUUCCUCUAAGGAGUUUAUACUUGUGUGCUUGAUCUGAUUAUUGUCACUAGUACUGUAUGAUGCAAUGUAUGGAUCUGAUUGUUACAGCCCAGUUGUUGAUGCAGCCUUGCCUUACUGACCCCCUGCGUAGAGAGAGGGACCCCUUUGCCAUUGCCCUUCUCACUGAGUCUUAUGUCAUAACACUGUCUGCUGACGCAAAUGUUAUUCUUUAAACACCUAUUAAAGUAACAUACAUAUGAAA